GAUAUAAGCAACACAAUGGGGAAGAUCAUCUUUUAUGAGGAUCGUGACUUUCAGGGUCGACACUAUGAGUGCUUCAGUGACUGUGCUGAACUGCAGUCUUACUUCAGUCGCUGUAACUCCAUCCGGGUCGACAGUGGCUGCUGGAUGAUCUAUGAACGUUCCAAUUACUCAGGGUACCAGUACUUCCUGAGUAGGGGUGAGUACCCUGAUUACCAGCGCUGGAUGGGUUUUAACGACACAGUCAGGUCCUGCCGCAUGAUUCCUGCACACAGGGGAUCAUAUCGAGUGAGGGUAUAUGAGAGGCCUGAAUUUGGAGGACAGAUGAGGGAAUUCACCGAUGACUGCCCAUCUGUCCAUGAGCGAUUUCGUUAUCAAGACAUCCACUCCUGCAAUGUGUCUGAAGGUUACUGGCUUUUCUAUGAACAUCCAAACUACAGAGGAAGACAGUACUUCCUGAGGCCAGGCGAGUACAGAAGAUACACUGACUGGGGUGCCAUGACUUCCCGAACUGGUUCCUUCAGACGCAUCAUGGAUUGCUAUUAA